AUGAUUCUAUGGAUUAUUGUGGCCCUGGUGACCCAGACUGAGUCCAGCAUGUGGGGCAGCUGGAGCAAGAAAAUCAUGGGGAAAAUGUCCAAGACUGAGCACAUUGCUGCUGCAUCAACUGAGAGUCUGUUCAGAGACCAGUGGGAGAAAGAAGAGAUGCUGGUGGAGAGGAACUGGGACGUGGUCACCUGGAAAAGAGAAGAGAAGCUGGAGUGGAUGUACCAGGGCCCAGGGGGCAUGGUGAACAGGGAGGAGUACCUGAUGGGGCGCCCCGUGGACAAAUACAUCUUUGAGAAGGCUGAAGAGAAGGAUGCUGGCUGCUCCAGCGAGACUGGGCUCCUCCCAGGCUCCAUCUUUGCCAAGUCAGGUGCCAAUUCUGUCCUGGACAUGGCCAACAAAAUCCGGGAGGAUCCCCUGUUCAUGAUCAGGAAGAGGGAGGAGGAGAAGAAGAGAGAAGUGUUGAAUAAUCCUGUCAAGAUGAAGAAAAUCAAAGAGCUGCUGCAAAACAGUUUGGAUAAAAAAGAGAAGAAAAAGAAGAAGAAGGAGAAGAAGAAGCACAAGAAACGUCGGCGUCGCAGCUCCAGCAGUGACAGUGGCAGCAGUGAUGGGGAGAGGGGCAAAACCAGGUCUCAGAAGAGGACAAGCAGUUCCUGGAAACCUGCUCCUUCCAGAGCUCCAGGAUAUGGUUUGCAAGAGCUGAGCCCGAGGCCCCGGAGCUGCCCGGCCGGCCAGGAAGGGGCCCCGCAGCGGCACCGGGAGCGUUCCCGGAGCCACAGCCGCUCCAGCAAGAGGAACUCGGGAUCCCCUUCCAGUCGGGAGGAGAAAGGCAGAGCCAGGAGCCCCUCCCCAAAAAAGAGCUACCGCCGCCAGCACAGCCCGGGCUAUACCAGAAAGAUCUCCCAGGAGGAGCUGGAGAGGAAACGCCAGGAAAUGAUGGAAAAUGCCAAGUGGAGGGAAGAGGAGAGAGCAAACAACCUCAGGAAGCACCGAAAGGAGGAGGAGCUGGAGAGGGAAGCAGAGAAGCUCGACUCCCGAGAUGGAAAGUUCUUCCAGCGCCUGAAGCUGGAAAGUGCCUCCACCUCCAGCCUGGAGGACCGGGUGAAGCGCAACAUCCACUCCCUGCAGAGAACUCCUGCUGCCCUGGAAAAGAACUUCAUGCAGAGAUGA